CCCCAAUUUUGUUUCUACUUCUUUUCCAGUGACGGGGGAUUUUGGGGAGGUUUUAGGGUUCGUAAUUCACAGAAUUCAGUCGGAAAUGGCAGCUUCAGUUGCGCUCAGAUCGUCGUGUCUUCGAGCAAUUUCUAGAAUAUCCACCGCUUCCUCCGCUAGAAAUGUUUCCGUUUCAUCGGCGCUUCCUUCGGUGCGCUCAAGUUUCGUAUCUCGAAGAAUUUCAAUCUCCCCUCACUCUCUAAGGUUGUUGCGACGAGAAUUGAGCUCUCUUCGACCUAUUCAUAGCGCAAUUGCCUCCGCUUGCCUUGUUUCUGAGCUGCCCGCCGAAGCUAGCGCCUCCGUACAAGGUAGAUUUGUGAACUAUCUGAGCCCUAUCUAGCACCAAAUGCUUAUAGAAAUGAGCAGUUUCCUUCUUGUGUAUUAGAUUGCCAGCAUCAUCACUUCAUAACGUCUUUAGCUGUUGAGUAUGAAGACAUGGUUUCUUUGGUUCCUCUAGUUGAUUUUACUCGAUUAAGUAUAUUUAUGUUACAUCAAGCAGCCAUUUUUGAUAUAACUUAGUAGGCCUCGUUUUAUCAUUGUGUUGUUCUGAACACCGGGUGAUUACCCCAUAAUUGAUCAAAUUUCCUACCAGGCUAGUGAUACAACUAUUUUCAGAUAGAGACUGGUUUAAUUUCAAAGUUA